AUGGCUUCCAUGUUGACCAACAAAAUCGCUGAAAAUUCCGACGAUAACCCCCCCCACGAGAAGAUCCUCGUUGGAACGGGGGGAAACACUUGGAUUUGGACUCUGGAUGGCUGGGAUCUGACCCAUCAAGCGGACCCAUGCUCUAACCCGCCAAGCAACGCUGUUCAUCUCGAUUGCGAGCUCGUCAACGUGAAGAUUGACGCGGCUAAAACGGCUUUGGUCAUCAUCGACAUGCAGAACAUCGGGUUGAACAAAGCACUCGAUCCGCCGAGCGCCCGCCCAAUGUACGACGCUCAGCAGGCGAUGCUACAAUACGCCAUACCUGCUGCGCGCAAGCUUGGCCUACAGCUUGUCUGGCUCAACUGGGGUCUCACUGAGCAUGACUUAGCCAACAUGCCUCCUGCCGAAGUUCGUGUUUUUGCCUUUGAUGUCAACACGGAAAAGGUCGACUAUGGUUUGGGCGAUAGGGACGGCGACCCAGACGAUCCCGCAAACUUCCUCAAGUGCGGUGAGCGGCCAAAUCUCGCCAAGCUGCCCGGCACGGAGCUCGGAGAAAUCAUUCUGGAAGAUGGAAGCAUCAUCAACGCUGGCCGGGCUAUGAUGAGGGACACCUGGAAUACUGCUCUGCAUGGGCCAUUGGCCGAGGCGUACGAGGCGGGUAAGAAAACGGCCCGUCCCGAUGUUUGGAUUCACAAGAACCGGAAUUCUGGUCUCUGGAACGACAAGUCUGAUUUCGCAGAGUACCUGAAGAAGGAAAAAAUCCGCACCCUCCUUUUUUCCGGUGUCAACACUGAUCAAUGUGUCGGCGCUACUCUACAAGACGCACAUGCCCAGGGGUUUGACACCUUUUUUUUGAAGGAUGGUUGCGGGACAGACAGCCUGCCGUACGCAAAAGCAACUUACGAAUUCAACUGUUCCCGAAGCUGGGGCUUUUUGACCAGCUGUAAGGCAUUGGCAAAAGCAGCGGGUCUGAACUACCAGUAA